AAUGGAUAUGGUUUUAAAUCACCACCUAUGGGAUGGAAUCCAUAUAAUUUCUUUACUUUCGCAUACAAUGAAACAAUAAUUAAGCAACAAGCGGAUAUAAUAGCUACUAUAGGCUAUUUGGAUGUUGGAUUUAGAUAUAUAAAUCUUGAUCUUGCAGAAUAUAUACAUAGCAAAGGCUUACUUUUUGGAAUUUAUUCAGAUGCCGGAAAUGAAACUUGUGGUGGUCUCCCGGAUCACUUGUAUAUUAUAGACCACAAAGAAAUAGAUGCAAAAAUAUUCGUAGAAUGGGGUGUUGAUUAUUUAAAGUAUGAUAAUUGCUUCAGUCAAGGAAGACCUGAACAAGAACGUUAUCAAAAAAUGGGAAAAGCACUUAAGGAUGCAACUAAAGGCACUAAUAAGACUAUUUUUUAUUCCAUCUGUGAAUGGGAACAAAGUGAUCCUUGGUUAUGGGAACCUGAUAUUGGAAAUAG